CCCUCCUGCUGCUCAGCACAGCUGUGGCUCUGCUCAGACCCUGAGCAGUUGGGGAUCAGUCCCGUCACAGAGCAACAGCCACCUCUGAUCCCUGGGUCCACUCGGCCGCACUGACUCCAGGUCCACAGCGUCCAGACGAGAUCAUGGCGGGAGCUCUCGGGGCCCUGGCUCUGCUCCCACCGCUGGUUCUGGCCCUGAUCAACCCGGCCCCGACGCACACGCUGGGGAUCUGCCCGUCCGCCUGCCGCUGCUCCUUCGCCACGCUGCUGUGCACGGAAACCGACAGCAUCAGCAGCGUCCCCACGCUGGCGGCGCAGGACAGCGAGAACAUGACGGAGAUCUACAUAGAGAACCAGACAGGACUGGAGAACAUCACAGAGUUUGAUCUGGUUAACUACAGAGAGCUGAAGAACCUCACCGUCACCUCCUGUAAGCUGAGGCUCAUCGCUGCCACUGCCUUCCAAUACAACCUGAAGCUCCAGUACGUGAAUCUGGCAUCAAAUGUUCUGGAGCACGUUUCCUGGAGGGUGUUUCAUUUUCUGCCGCUGCUCAACCUGGUUUUGAGCCCAAACCCCCUCAUCUGCUCCUGUGAGCUCCACUGGCUGCAGCUGUGGCGGCGCAGUGAGCGCGGCGACCUGGACGCGCACAUGUCCUGCGUCUCAGACGGAGAGAGAGUCCUCCUGGACUCGCUGGUGAUCGACAACUGCACUCUGCCUGAGGUGACGAUCGUGGCCUCCAAAGACAAGAUUCAAGAAGGCGGCAACCUGACGUUUGAGUGUCACGUGACAGGAAGUCCUACUCCCAGUGUGAGGUGGCGAACUGACGAGCUGCACUCCCCCUUCCUCACCCAGGAGCACGUGUGGGGCUCCGCGCUGGAGGUGGUCCUUCACCUCAGCAACGUUUCCUCCAAAGACAACCUGCACAACCUGACUUGCGAGGCGGAGAACCAAGCCGGGCCCGGGGAGGAGAUGGUGCAAUUGGACAUCGAGUUUCCGGUGAGAAUCCUCUUCCUGAGGGACGCUGUACCGCAGCACCACUGGUGCUUCCCCUUCGCCGUGGAUGGGAAUCCCGACCCCAGCAUCACCUGGAUGUACAACGGCCGGAGGCUGAAGGAGAACACCUACACGUACACCCAGCUCAUCACCGACUCCAGCGACGGCUCGGUGAAACACGGGUGCCUCUUCCUCAACAAGCCCACGCACAUCAACAACGGCAACUACACCCUGAUUGUGGAGAACAGACUGGGACGCGACGUGGCCACCGCCUACGGCAUGUUCAUGGACAACCCCUUCGAACCCUACGAUCCCGAGGGGAUCAUUCCCGUCCUCGAUGUGGAUCCAGGUGAGUCUCUGGUCGACUCCUUCUCACAAACACACAUCCAUGAUGUGACCUCCAGUCCCUUCAACAACGUCUCUUUCUGCCUUUCAGUUCCCACAAACAAAUCAGACCUGGACGUCACCGAGAACCCGGAGAGUCGAGUGUUUGUGGUGUCUGUGGCCGUGGGCCUCGCGGUGUUCGCCUGCACCUUUCUCCUCAUCAUGGUUUUGGUCAUCAACAAGUGCGGCCAGCGCUCCAAGUUUGGCAUUCACCGUUCAUCAGUUUUGGGCACAGAGGACGACCUGGCUGUGUCGCUUCGCUUCAUGAACUUUGGAACCAGCCCCCCGUCCUCGGACGAGGACUCUGGCUUGUCCAGCUUUGUGGAGAACCCACAGUACUUCUGUGGCAUCAUCAAGGACAAAGACAUGUGUGUGCAGCACAUCAAGCGGCAGGACAUCGUGCUGAAGUGGGAGCUGGGUGAAGGAGCCUUUGGUAAAGUCUACCUGGCAGAGUGCGCCAACCUCAGCCCAGACAGCGACAAGAUGCUGGUGGCCAUCAAGACUCUGAAGGACGCCAACGAGUCGACCCGGCAGGACUUCCAGAGGGAGGCAGAGCUGCUGACGGUGCUCCAGCACCAGCACAUCGUGCGCUUCUACGGCGUGUGCACCGAUGGAGAGCCGCUGGCCAUGGUGUUUGAAUACAUGAGGCACGGAGACCUCAACCGCUUCCUCCGAGCCCACGGUCCCGACGCUCGCAUCCUGGAGGAGUCCACGCUGCCCCCGCUGGGCCAGCUCACGCUGCCCCAGAUGCUGCACAUCGCCGCUCAGAUCGCCUCAGGCAUGGUCUACCUGGCCUCGCUGCACUUCGUCCACCGCGACCUGGCCACGCGCAACUGCCUGGUGGGCGAGGGCCUGGUGGUGAAGAUCGGGGACUUCGGCAUGUCGCGGGACAUCUACAGCACAGACUACUACCGGGUGGGCGGACGCACGAUGCUGCCCAUCCGCUGGAUGCCUCCAGAGAGCAUCAUGUACAGGAAGUUCACCACGGAGAGCGACAUCUGGAGCUUCGGCGUGGUCCUCUGGGAGAUCUUCACCUACGGAAAGCAGCCCUGGUACCAGCUGUCCAACAGCGAGGCCAUCGAAUGCAUCACGCAGGGACGGGAGCUGGAGCGGCCGCGCACCUGCCCCAAGGAGGUGUACCUGCUGAUGCAGGGCUGCUGGCAGCGGGAGCCCCAGCAGAGGACCGUCAUCAAGGACAUCCACAGCCGCCUGCUAGACCUGGUCAAGAACCCGCCCGUGUACCUGGACAUCCUGGGCUAGCGGGCCCAGGACCCAGGACCCAGCGGGGGCCGAGGGGGCCGCUGUGCGUCGGACACAAACGCGUUUCAUUCAGCGUUCGGCCCGGAGCCCGUUCACCGCCCGUUCCCUGGAAGCCUGUCAGAUGUUUACCAAAGUCUUUAGUUUGAGCUGAAGUGGGAUCGGCCUGAUGGACAUGCAUGGAUGUGUUGAAGUAACUAUAUACGAGCGUUACGUAGCUGGAACACGAUGUCAGAUAAUGGCUUGUCACAGAUGUCGGCUCUGAAGCCCCGGCAGAAGGAAGAGACGAAGCUGAUGAUUGGAGGCCACUCAUCAGCGUCCAGCGUUUGUGUCGUACGAAGACUGGGGACUUUUGAUAUUUAACGGAUGUAAAUGUAUAUAAGAAAUCCAAACCUUUGACCGUUUGUUUCUCGUGUGUCAGAUGUGGUGUAUCAUAUAAUUAUUUUUCAACAAGAACCUGUCUCAUCAGUUCAUCAGUGAUGUGCUCCGCUGCCCCGUGUUUUCACUUCAUGCCGGUUCUGUUGCCUGACUGAAGAACCGCGUGGACCCGGGUCCGGCCCACGAGGUCCGCUCAGGAGAGGCUUUUGUUCAACGCGCUGCUGCAGCGAGCGUCCGCAUCAAAGCUCUGCGGUGAAAUUCUGUACUGGGGGCGCGAAGGUGGGGAGGGGACGGUUCGAGAGGCAACAGAUGGAUUAAAAAGGAGCGAAACUGCAGCAGGAGGAACAGAUGGCGCUGAAACCGAGACCGUAGGUGAGGUGGAAAGAGAAGCUCACUGUACAAACCAGAGCCCUCGUAUAAAUACUGGAUGUACAUAGUCUGUAUGAUCAGAAAUUAUAUCUUCAUGUAUUGUUACUUCAGCACUUUGUAUAUUGUCUGCCCUCAAAAAAUAAACAAACUUGAUUAAAAUA